UCGCACUGAUUCAGAAUUGCUCAAUGCUCCAGGAGAACAGCCAGUCCUAUUAACAGCGGGCAGGAACUGCUCUUGUUUGUUGUUAAUGUAUCCUUCCCCGAGCGUGGAGUCGUUGCUGGGGGAGGAGGUUUAUUCGAGCCGUGUUAGUUUAUUCGGACGGACUGGCGGAAAGGGAACGGAAGAGACUGGGGGUUGGGGAGUAAGAGACAAAACAUUCAGAUUUCUCGUCCCGCUGCUUGGAAGCCGAGGUACAGAGAUGUUUAAGAAGUUUAAGAGACGGAGCUCGCCCGUGAGGCGCAGCCGCCAGCCCUGUGUCACAGCGUGCCCGGAGCUGACUGCUCGGAUAUACUGUCGGCCACACUUUCUCCACCAGAGUCCAGCAGAGAUGAGCCAGUACGCGGACCAGAGUCUCAGGCCGGUCCUGCUUCCUCCCAAGAACAAGAAAUUGCCUUGCAACACAGGCUACGCAGAGGUUAUAAAUGCCGGUAAAAGUGUUUUCAACGAAGAUCAGGCGACUUGCCGAUCAAUCCACCUCAGAAAAGCAUUUGACAUCGAAGAGGAAUGGGUCCUUUUGUGCCCAAAUGAAGAUACUCAAGAUCAAGGGAUCGUGGCCACCUACUGGGGAUUGUUUGAUGGUCAUGGAGGCCCCAUGGCAGCAGUGCUGGCAUCUGAGCAUUUACAUCACUGCAUCAAAGGACAGCUGGAGGAAAUCCUGGAUAUUAUCAGCAGCCCCUGCAACAUCCCACCCCCAAUCCACCUUGAGGGACACAAGAGGACGCAAACUGAAAUAAGCUAUGGAAUCGAGAAGAACAUCUGCAUUGAGAACCUGGUGAAAGGUGCGUUGGAGAUAGCCUUCAAAAACUGCGAUGAGCUGAUUGAGAACUACCAGCGAUCCCAUAGUCAAGUAGGAGGCUGUACAGCUCUGGCCAUUCUCCGUUUGCAGGGAAAUUUGUACGUGGCCAAUGCUGGAGACAGUAGAGCAAUUAUUGUACACAAGAAUGAAAUCCGGCCUCUGUCCAAUGAAUUCACGGCCGUGACUGAGAGACAGAGGAUUCAACAUCUGGCCUUCCUGAAGCCUGAGUUGCUGGGUGAUGAGUUUUCAAGAUAUGAGGUUCCUCGCAGAGUGAAAAGGAGUGACAUUGGAACAAAAAUAUUGUACCGAGACUACUUCAUGUCCGGCUGGGGAUACAAAACUGCAGAAGAAGAUGACCUCAAGUACCCUGUCGUGCAUGGGGAUGGAAGACAGACACGCGUGAUGGGGAUGAUUGCAGUCACGCGAGGCUUUGGAGACCAUGGAUUGAAGGCUUAUGACACUGACCUCUGUGUAAAACCAUUUUUGUCCUGUAUUCCAGAGGUUACAGUCUUCAACCUGGGACAAUACAAAUUUGACCAAAGUGAUGUUCUUAUAAUGGCCACGGAUGGAUUAUGGGAUAUUAUCUCCAAUAAGGAAGUAGCAGAGACCAGCCAGAAAUUUUUGGAAGACCAGAAACAUAAUCCACGCAGGUACACAUUGUUGGCCCAGUGUCUUGUGAAUAAAGCAAAAGGCACACAACAAGAAAAUGACUGGAAGCUGGAAGAUGGCAGCUUUGCCUCAUUUGACGACAUAUCUGUAUUUGUGAUCCCGCUGCAUAAUUUAGGGGGAGCAGUAUAAGUGCGCAUUUGAAGAACACUGGAAGGUCUCCAUAGCUGACAAUGGUGGUGUGCUCAAAGGACUUGAUGACUACUGCAGAUCAGUGACAAGAACAUCCUGUCAAUCCAUUCCUUUUCCAUGAGCAAUAUCACAUUAUUCAUGAGAACCUACGCCAGGGAUAAAUGGCCCACGUAGGGCUUUCACUUAGUGUUUUACCAGCGACCCGGACUGUUUAGUGAAACUUCACCAAGACAGCAGUGUGCAGUAGUAGGUUUUGCUGCAGUGAUUGGAACUGUUCCCAAUCAAAAGAGGGAAAUACAUUGUUGUAUUCCUGGAUAGCUGCUGGAUCCCAGCUUAAGUCACAGUCUGUUAAUAUUGUUGCUCUAUCAGACACAACACAAAAUGAUUUUUUUUUAUAAAAAGGAAUUACCUUGAUUUUAAGCAACAUUUUAAAUCAGAGGAUAACAAACAAAUUGGUCAAAAUAGCUAAAAUGGUGUACAGAGUAAAAAGGCAAAGGCCUAAAUGUAGUUAGAAAAAAAUUAAUGUGCUUUUGUUUUAUAAUUUUCACAUAUACAUAGAACUAUGGAUAUGAAAAGAUGGUAUUGAGAUGGAUAAAUAUUGAAGAUAGUUAAUUUUCUUAAAUGAAGAAAACAUGGAUUGAAGAAAACGUAUCGAUGAUUAUUACUGUCAAGACUUCUUGAAGAUCUGGUACUAUAUGUUACGAGUAAUAGUUGCACAAACUUACAAUAGCAGCUGAAAUCUACAGGAUGAUGUUUUGGCUGCGUUACUGAAACAGCUCUAGAGAAAGCAAAUGUCAUUUUUUGACCACUUGAAAACAUCAAGCACCCCAUUGAACCGUUAAGCACUUUAUUUUUUAUAUGUUUUUAAAAUUAAAAUAUUUCAAUAGGAAAUUGAGGCAGAAAAACAAACAUGUACCUCAUGGAGCUAUGAAGAGCACGUGAGACCUAGGUUUCUCCAGGGAAUUCUGACAUUGUCUGCGUGACUGAAACAGUUGUGGGUAACCUGACAAAGCUGGAACAUGGACCAUUAAAUAGGGAUUUCUGCAACUCAGCUGCAAACUCUGAGGGAACAAGUGUGAGAAUUCCUGGGGAAUCUCACACAUAGCAGGUCUUAAAGGUUUACUGAACUGCAGCUUCAAAUCACUCCCUUUUCUUUGUGAUGGUGUACAAUAUUGUCCUCACCUGAAUUUGCAACUGAUUUCUCAGUAAAUAACAGGAAGCUGGCUGCCACAUUCAAAUCUAGUGAGAUACAUCCAGAUUGCUUCCCUUUGGACAUGGAUCUUAAACUGUUCAUUCUGGAAAUCAAAAUGCUGUGUGCUGUCAUAAACGCGGAGAUUAACAUAAACAGCAUCAACUCAUGCACAGUAGAUAUUUAUCUCUACAAACUAUGCAUGCCAUUUGAUGAAACACUGUAAAUAUAUUUUGUAAAUGUUUUAAAUGC